CCUGUCUGCAUCCAUCGCAGCGAGGAGGCUCGUGUGGUGUGGGGCGGGCCAGGAGCAAGGAGAGGCCUUCCUCCCUUUGUGCUCCCCCCACCCAGCCCUAUAAAUAGGCCCAGCCCAGGCUGUGGCUCAGCUCUUGGAGGGAGUUGAGCACCAGGCAUCCAGCGGUUAAGUCGAGGCCCCUGCCAGCAUGGCCAGUGAAAUCAAGAAGAAGCUCUUCUGGAGGGCUGUGGUGGCUGAGUUCCUGGCCAUGACCCUCUUCGUCUUCAUCAGCAUCGGUUCUGCCCUAGGCUUCAAUUACCCACUGGAGAGAAACCAGACGGUGGUCCAGGACAACGUGAAGGUGUCGCUGGCCUUUGGUUUGAGCAUCGCUACUCUGGCCCAAAGUGUGGGUCACAUCAGCGGUGCUCACCUCAACCCUGCGGUCACACUGGGGCUCCUGCUCAGCUGUCAGAUCAGCAUCCUCCGGGCUGUCAUGUAUAUCAUCGCCCAGUGUGUGGGAGCCAUCGUCGCCACGGCCAUUCUCUCGGGCAUCACCUCCUCCCUAGUCGACAAUUCACUUGGCCGCAAUGACCUGGCUCAAGGUGUGAACUCCGGCCAGGGCCUGGGCAUUGAGAUCAUUGGCACUUUGCAGCUGGUACUGUGCGUUCUGGCCACCACUGACCGGAGGCGCCGAGACUUAGGUGGCUCAGCCCCGCUUGCCAUUGGCUUGUCUGUGGCCCUUGGACACCUGCUGGCGAUUGACUACACUGGCUGUGGUAUCAACCCUGCCCGGUCAUUUGGCUCUGCUGUGCUCACCCGCAACUUCUCAAACCACUGGAUUUUCUGGGUGGGGCCAUUCAUUGGGGGUGCCCUGGCAGUGCUCAUCUAUGACUUCAUCCUGGCCCCACGCAGCAGCGACUUCACAGACCGCAUGAAGGUGUGGACCAGUGGCCAGGUGGAGGAGUAUGACCUGGAUGCUGACGACAUCAACUCCAGGGUGGAGAUGAAGCCCAAAUAGAGGAGGCUUGGCCUGGGCAUCUAUAUGGGGGUGGGGCAGGGAUGGGCGGAGGGAGGGGAGGGCCAAAAUCAUAUUGUAGACACUCUGACAAGCUGACCAAAGUCACUCCCCAAGACCUGCCUGACCCACAUGGUCUAGCCUUGUCUGGGGCAGUAAUAUCACUGUCUUUCUUUCUAUUUCCUGGUCUCAGAGCUUCCUGGGGACCAAGAUUUAUCAACUCAGCACCCCACUCCUUUGACAUCACGGAGGAGUGAAAGUGAGGGACCCACCUGCUAGUUGUCCCCUCAGAGUGUGCUAGGAAGUCCCCCUCAUUCCAAAGCUGCCCAGCAAGUCCCCCACCUUAGGUGCCUGGGAUUCUGCCAAUGUCGCUUUGUGCCUUUGACCGCAGCCUUCCUUGGAGUAGGCACCUUAUCCCCAAAGGAACUUUGAGGGAGAAGAGGUCCCCUAACUUUCCCCAUUGGUCUGACUUACCUCCAGGACCCUUCCCCUUGAACUCACUCUAAGACCUUGGAAUUGUCCCUGUGCUGAGGCCUCAGUGAUCACAUCUGUAAAGUGGCAAGGAAGGGACAGCUUUGGGGAUUCUGUAAGUGUGGACAUGCCACAGGUUCUAGAAGGGACAGUCUCAACAGCACUGCUUUGUGUACCUGGCCUGAGCUCUUUCCCAGCAUCCACAGCCCACGAGCACACGUGGAUGGGCCACGGAGCAGAGAAUCAGUGUGGGAUGCAAGACGUGCCUGUUCACACACAGAGCCUUCCUGGAGGCGGGUUAGCUGUAGCAGAACGAAGGUCAUUUUGUGGUGGAAGAAGAGCUCACACUAUCUUACCUAGCUCUAGUGGGUCUGCCCGUGUAACAUGGCACCGACUGGAUGUUUAUUUCAGUCCUCCAGUUUCCCUUGCAGUAUAGAUCUGGUGUGUGUGUGUGUGUGUGUUUGUUAAAGAGCAUUGGGCUAUGUGCAGUGUCAUGUCUGAGGAGAGAAGCAGCUAGCUAUGCAACAGACCCUGAACAGAUGCCCAUGCUGGGCACACAGGGGGUUGGAUGCCCUUAGUUCAUCAUGAGCAAGGAGGUCACUCUGGCCCUGGCUUGUGAGCUCCUGGCUGAAUGAGUGUGACCGGAGCCUGGACAAUCUGCAGAGGCUCACUCUGUGCCUCCAGGCACAGUCUUCUCUCUGCAUUGGCCCAAUGCUACAGCUUGUGCUGCAGCCCAAGGACAGCUCAGAGUGCAGUCAGCUCAGGGGUUGCAUUUAGCUCUAGGUCAUUCCAUUGGAUCCCAUCAAUCCAGAGCGGCUCUACCACUGUGCCCUUAACCACGUUGUGAACCGAGAGCCACAUCCUUCAGGUGCUUAGAAGCAGCAGAAGAGUCAGGAGGCCACUGACCACUGGCAUAUCACAGCUGCACACUCGUCUCCGUUCCCUAGCAGGCACUGUACCCACUUAACAGAUAAGGGCACUGAGGACCCAUAUGCUCAACUGUAUCAUAUUGGAUCAAGCUUAGCAGUCAAGGCCAUGUUUGGCCACCCCAUGGUCAAUGACGUGGACUCCUCUCACCUCCAGCUUCUCAGUUUCUGCCUGGGCAAUGGCUAAGGGCCAGGGGUGAGGGUAGGGGUGAGGGUGGGGGUGGAGGUGGUGAGAGCUGUGCUGGAGGGGGGCAGGGCAGGCCCAUCCCACCUGGUUCUGGCCAUUGUGAACCAGGACACUGUAUCUGUCUGCUCUGUGUAUGUUUCUUUGCAAAUGAAUUUCAUCUUAUGGUAAGAAAAAUAAAGGACAAUGACUUGUAAGGUCC